UCUUUUCUUUCACAUUCAUCCCUCUUUCCUUUUAGUUACCUCUUUUAAUUCAAACACGAAAUCACUCUCUCUCUCUCUCUCUCUCCAAAUUUCCAUUGAUCAAAACCAACUAACGAGAAAAACCGAAAGAUCUCAAGAACAAUCAUAAACUCUCUCAUUUUGGAUCCUCUGUUUUUUCUCAAGAACACAAAAAAAUGUCAGUUGUUAUUUGUCAAGCGCAAGAAAAAACCGUCACCAAAAAUGAAAGACACGAAAGUUUCACCCAAAAAGGCAAAAUGGGUGGGUUGAGUUUCCUGCAAUCUAUGUCCGAUAUCACUGCCAUUGUCCGAAACGUAGAGGACAAAGCUUAUGUUCACCCCGUGGAGAAACGCUCUGUUUCUAAGCUGAGUGAGAAAAGCUUAGAGAUGUGCACUGAGAGCCUUGGGUCCGAAACUGGAAGCGAGAGUGGUGACGAGUUGUUGUUGCUUGCGUUUCAAGCAACCACUACUCCUAGGGUUCCUUCUCCUCCUCAAGAAGAAGAAAAAGACACUGCCAAGAAAUCAACGAUCAAAAGUUUCCCGCCACCGAUAAACUUUGUUAAGGGAUCAAAGUAUAAUCGUGUGGUGAGAUCACUAGGAGAAGAUGGUCGUGUUGUUGUUCAAGCCAUGACAGUUUCGUCUCAGCCUCCUAACUUUAUAGCGGAACGUGGUGAAGGAAGGCUCCGUCUCUGUUUAUCACCGGAAAAUUCUUUACUUGGGCACAACCAUGAGGAAGAAGAAGAAGAAGAUGAAACUGAAGAGGGCAUGGAGGAGGAAACUAGUGAGAACUUAGAGGGUAAAAAUGGAAAUAAAAAGUUUAGCAGAUUAAGCAGCAGAUGCAAGGAGAAUGGUCGUGAGCCUAAGCCAAUGCUUACUACUUGGAAGCAGCAGCAGUUUUGGGUCGCUACUUAAGACUUUAUUCGACUCAUAUAUCUUAAUAAAAUAAUUUAAAAUAUGGGUUUUUUUAUUUUAGUUUUACGUAUAAUCUUUGCUUUCUUGUAUGAGAUUUCUCUAGGUACUGGGAGUGUUUUUUAGU